AUGGAAGUAUCAGAAGUCCGUAGCUUAAACCCACCGCCAGGCCACGGCAGAGGCGGCGGAGGAUACACACUUCCGGCCGGCCGAUUCUCGAGCGAGGACAUACUCUUCUGCGUCGAUGUCGGGCCGGAGACGAUGGCGGAGAUGAAGGUAAACGGGCCUAACGGUAGGCCCUACACCAGAUUGGACUCUAUAAAGCAGGCUAUAUUGCUUUUCGUUCACGCUAAGCUCAGCAUCAACCCCGAUCACCGAUUUGCUUUUGCCGCUCUCUCUAAAACAACUUAUUGGCUAAGGAAAGAGUUCAGCAGCGAGGUUGACUCAGCAAUUGCUGCUUUACGAGGUAUCUCAGUGGAUUCAUCUUUGAGUCCCGCAAAUCUCAGUCAGCUUUUUAAAGUAGCAAAUCACGAAGCAAAGAAAUCUCGUGCCCAGAAUCGGAUAUUCCGAGUGAUCUUGCUUUACUGUAGAUCAUCGAUGCCCCCACAGUAUCAACUGCCUCCAACUCUAAAACUCUUCACUUUGGAUGUGAUGUACCUCCACGACAAGCCGGGGCCUGAAAACUGCCCACAAAUGGUUUAUGACUCCCUGAUUGAGGCCCUUGAACAGGUCAGCGAGUACGAGGGUUACAUAUUCGAGAACGGUCAAGGGUUGACCCGUGCCCUCUUUCGCCACAUUUGUGUGCUCCUGUCCCAUCCCCAGCAACGAUGCAUUCAGGAUGACCUGGACAUCCCCAAGCCUUUGGUAAAGAAGUCUCUUGCCAAUGACACGUCACAAGGGGAUGAUAAUGCGGUUGUUAUCGUUGGGUCCAGCCAGUGA